AGUGGCACUGAGAACAAGUCCAGAGCAGGCUACAGUGAGCAGAACAACUCCGCACUCCUAUAUAUAAAGCAACAGCUCACGUUUGCAGACUCUGGCUGCCGGACACAGCCUCACAUGCAGAUGCACCAAUAAUUACACAGCAGGUACACCAGGCUUCACAAGUAAGAACACAACAGUCUUACAUAUACAGUUGUCAUAACGUACAAACACAUGCAGCCACACCGUGCACUGGUGACAGCUUCAUAUAGGAAAUCAGGUGUCCGGACGGGAGACCAUCAUACAAAACAAUCGCCGUGCCUUACGGAGAGUGUCAUUACAAAAAAGGAAAGCGCCCAUUGACAAGCAGCAGUGCGGCUGCAGUGAGCGUCGCGGAGGGAAUACCCAAAGGCUGCUGCUGGACAUUGUACAUGGGCAGUAUGUAGAGUGAAGGGCUGGCCGCCGGCUCACUGCACCACAGGCUUCUGCUUCUAUCAACUCGACCAGUUGCCUCGACCUCACUCUUGUUUCGAUCCGACGACUUAACGACGUGACUCCUAAAUAUUAGGUGAUUUAAGGCUUGAGACUGGAUCUACCUUCUUGGAAAAUACUUUUGCAUAUCACACACAAUAAAAUGGAUUUGUACUUGGUGGAUAUAUGGAAAUAGGUGCCAGCCUACGUGUCUCUCGUAACUUGCAAAGCGAGAAAGGUUUUGUUAUAAACUGCUGGCUGAGCCAUGUUAAAAUGUUCAGCGCCGAAUGACUCCUUCGGGUGCAGUUUCGAGCGAGACGACUUGUAUUUGAGUCAACAUGAUGGACAAUUCACCAGGGUUCAAGCAGUACAAUAUGUUCUUCUGAAAUUCAGAUGCUUGCCAAGCCUACAGUGAAUGCUGGAAGUUGUGAUCACCACAGAUGGAGGCCCGUAUUCAGCAUGGCGGUGGUGGUUCAUUGGUUGUGAUCCAGCAGCCCUCUCUCGACAGCAGGCAGAGACUUGACUAUGAACGGGAGCUGCAGCACACUGCCAUUUUAUCCCUCGAUCAGAUUAAAGCAAUCAGGACCAGCAAUGAGUACACAGAAGGCCCUGCUAUUGCGAAGAAGGCUAAUAGCAUUAGUAGUAGCAGAAUCACACAGCGGCAUGACAAGCAUGAAAGGACUCACGAAGUGAUACCAAUCAAUGUGAAUAAUAACUAUGAACAUCGGUCCACUCACCACACACACGCCGGUCACCACUCCUCCACCAGGAUGCCUGUGUUGAGCAGGUCGACCAGCACGGGUAGUGCAGCUAGUUCAGGGAGCAACAGUAGUGCGUCAUCUGAGCAAGGACUUUUGGGACGUUCACCACCAUCACGGCUAACCUCCAGCCAUCACAGAUCAGACAGGACGAUUAGAAUACAACCUAAAGCAUCUGCCUGUACAAUGGAUGUACCGAAAUGCUUAGGGAAGGAGGAUUUGGCAAAACAUAGAUUUAUAUGUGAGCAAUGUGGGAAAUGCAAGUGCAGAGAGUGCACAGCGCCAAGGACCUUGCCUUCAUGUUUGGCUUGUAACAAGCAGUGCCUGUGCUCAGCAGAGAGCAUGGUGGAGUAUGGUACGUGCAUGUGCCUGGUAAAGGGAAUCUUCUACCACUGCUCCAAUGACGAUGAGGAUUCCUGUGCGGAUAAUCCUUGUUCGUGCUCCCAUUCAUACUGCUGCUCCAGAUUCUUGUGCAUGGGUUUAAUGUCCUUGUUUCUGCCCUGUUUACUCUGCUACCUUCCAGCUAAGGGCUGUAUCAAACUUUGCCAGGGGUGCUAUGACCGUGUAAACCGGCCUGGGUGCCGAUGCAAGAACUCGAAUACUGUGUAUUGCAAACUCAAGAGCUGUCCCACUCCAGGGGAGGACAAACCCUCUUGAUCCGGGGCAGCAGAGUUCUUUAACACUUCCUUUUAAUUUUCAUUUUGAAAUCAUGCCUGUGUGUUUACCCAUUUCAGCCUAGGACUGGAUAUCAUCAAAAUGCAGCAACUGUUCUAAACUUAGCCCAUUCUACAAUUGAGGGAUGGCUGCUUUCUAUCAAUAUGGAACAGCUCCAGUUCUGCCUGUCAGGCUUAGGAUCAUGAAUAUUGCUGGUCCCCAUAGGUGAAGAGACAUCACCACUUCAGAGGAGUAAACCAUUGCUUUCUCACCUGCAAACAGCCCCCUUAACUAGUUUGUAUUGUCCACAGAUAUUUCAUGUUACACAAACUAUACUGGUAUUUUUUACAAAUCAUCAAAAUUUUUUAGCAUAAUUGAAACAAAUUAACCAGAUUCUGAGGGGUGUUUGAUCUGUUUAAUGUAUGGAUGUUACAAUACAAUUUCUGACAUGCAAGAUAAUUGGGGGAAACCACUGAUGCGAUGGUCACAAGGUACCGACCUGCACCAGACUGGCUAUCACUAAGCUAACUAUCUCCAUUCAAAGAGCCAGCUUUUGAGAGACAUUUACAAGUAAUAUAAUAGGUUAAUUAGGUCUUGUUACUCUUCAUAAAAUUACCUGAUAUUUUCUAAUAUAUGCAAAAAAAAAUUCCUGAAAUUAUCCAGGGUAUACUUUUCCCUGUUCACUGUUUAUGGUGAUGAGGCAGAUGUGAUAAUAAAGCUUGUGUUCUCUGCUUUGCACUCAAUGUGCUUUACUGUGAAUCUGAGUCCUUAUUCUGGCCACCUCAAAAACUACUUUUUAACAACAAUGUAUCAUAUUAGUUAACUGUAUUGAUGGAUGAGAAGAUUUCCAGUGUUUGCUACUUGUGGAGAAAUUGUUAAUGUGCUCUUUAUGUUGGAUUUAUAGUUUUACAACAUUUAGCCAACAUUGAAAGUUUUCACCUCAGUUACAUUGCAAGAGUACUUGGCAACAUUUAUUAAUGUAGAAUACGAGAUCUCAAAGAAUACAACUUGUUUCACUGUAUGAUACACAGUGAACUAGUAUGAUUUCAAAUUCUGUAGUAUACUGCAUGUCAAAAGUUCUUAACACAUAUCUGUGUCUAAGUUAAUCGAACAGUAGAAAAGAAGAUUAAUAUAAUAAUUAUUUUAUAAGGAAAGUUAAAUGACUUGUUUUAUCACUAUUCAAAUUCUGCACUGGUCUAAACAAUUGUAAAUUGCAGUGUUCUGAACAAUGUCUACCAUAUUGUCAAUUUCUCCUCUUUUAAAGGGAGGUCAGUCUUGGUUUUUUAUUUCAACCUAACCCACAGUGGGUGUUUCAUGCAGAGGUACAGAAUACCCCUUAAUUUUGUCUUGAUUUAAUGGUGUGUUUUAAACAAAGGAGUAACAAUGUCUUCUGAGAGAUGAUAACUAGAUAUCAGAGGCAUUAGCAAAAUGCUUGAUCGGCUCUUGAUAUAUAUCAAUUACCAUUUUAUUGUGACAUCCAUAAUUAAAUAUUGGGUUGCCUUUAAAUUGAUGGGACCGUACUCUGGUUUAUUUUCCUAAAUUUGCCCCAUUAACUCUCCAUACUUCUGUCUCAAGCCAAAUUUGGCUUUCUUUGUGUAUAUAUUUUAUGUAAAAAAAGAAAGUUUUGAGGAAUCUUGACUGUUUUUAAAAUGUCUCAAAACUUCUUUUGUUGUAAAGAAUAUUUAUUAUGUGAAGCUCUAUUAUUUUAUGGUAUUUAUUUCAAAAAGCUGUCUGAAAUUUUACUCAUUUCUGAAUAUAACAAAUAUCAUUACUUACUGAGAAAAAUUAAGGGUGGCACAAAAGAAAAUGCAUAUGUUAACUAUAAGGCAGAAAUAUAUAAAUUAAUGAAAAUAC